AUGCACCUCGCUCAUCUCCUGAGCCUCACGCUUGCUGCCCUCUUCUACAUCCAGUUUAAGGGUCGUGACGCCAGCAUGUCGGCCGGAAAGGGCGCCACGGAGCUCGCCCCAGCGCAGGCCCCGGCUGGGCAGAGCAUAGCCACCUUUGCAGGCGGCUGCUUCUGGGGCCUGGAGCUGGCCUUCCAGCGCGUCCCGGGGGUGACCCACACCAGCUCCGGGUACACAGGGGGUGAGGUGCCCUCCCCCAGCUACGAGGCGGUGUGCUCGGGGCGCACAGGGCAUGCUGAGGCCGUGCAGGUCUACUACGACAGCUCCACGUCGUACCCCAAGCUGCUGGACUGCUUCUUCGAGCAUGUGGACCCCACCACCCUCAACCGCCAGGGUGGGGAUGUGGGGACCCAGUACCGCUCUGUUAUCUACUAUUACGACGACGCCCAGAAGCAGGCGGCUGAGAAGGCCAUCCAGGAAGUCAACGGGAAGCUGAAGGCGGGAACCUUCCGGCGUGUGGUGGGGAACAAGGUGGUGACCACUCUGGAGCCUGCCACUGACUACUACAUCGCAGAGGACUACCACCAGCAGUAUCUGUCCAAGGGCGGAAGGUUUGGCUCGCCCCAGAGCGCGGCCAAGGGCGCCACCGACCGCAUUCGCUGCUAUGGAUGA